AUGUCGACGACUGGCGAAAUCCUGCGGGCGGAGCUAUCUUCCAGGACACCGCCGUUUGGCCUGAGGCUAUGGAUUGUGAUUGGCAUCUGCAUCUGGGUGGCGAUCCUGUUCAUCCUAGGCUUCAUGUGCUUCUGGUCCAUAUACCGGAGGAAGCCCAGCAAGUCGUCCUUCGACAGCACCAUUACCAUCCCGGUGUCCCAGAUUCCGGACGUCUCCAAGGAGAUUGCGGUGGACGAGGUGCGUGAGCACGCUGCCGUGCAGAGCUUCCAUGUGCACGAGAGCAGCUCGCUGGCGGUGGCAGUGCAGGAGAAGCACUGCGAGAAGGAUUCCGGGAAAAUGCUGGGCCACCUGGUCAGGAGCAAGUCGAGCGACGCGGAUAGUCUGAGCCAGUGCAGCUCGGCGUACCAGUGCGAGAGGGUUGCGAGCUCGUACUCUGGUGAUGAAGGCAACUCGGGCAAUGCUAUUGCUAGGAGGCAGUACUCUCAGUAUCCGACUGUCUCCGCGUCUCCGUUGGUUGGUCUCCCCGAGUUUUCGCAUCUCGGAUGGGGCCAUUGGUUUACUCUCAGGGAUUUGGAACAUGCGACGAAUCGGUUCUCCAAGGAGAAUGUCAUUGGAGAAGGUGGAUACGGGAUAGUUUACCGGGGUCGACUCAUUAAUGGGAGUGAUGUUGCAAUUAAAAAGCUUCUUAAUAAUAUGGGUCAGGCAGAAAAGGAGUUCAGGGUUGAAGUUGAGGCAAUUGGGCAUGUCAGGCAUAAGAAUCUUGUCCGCCUUCUAGGAUAUUGUAUUGAGGGUAUCCACAGGAUGCUUGUGUAUGAGUAUGUGAAUAAUGGGAACUUAGAACAGUGGCUUCAUGGUGCAAUGCGUCAGCAUGGUGUUCUUACUUGGGAGGCCCGGAUGAAAGUCAUUCUUGGAAUUGCCAAGGCGCUUGCUUAUUUACAUGAAGCCAUAGAACCAAAAGUUGUACACCGUGAUAUCAAAUCGAGCAAUAUCUUAAUUGAUGAAGAAUUCAAUGGCAAGCUUUCUGAUUUUGGACUGGCCAAGCUCUUGGGUGCUGGGAAGAGCCAUAUCACAACUCGAGUUAUGGGAACAUUCGGGUAUGUGGCUCCUGAGUAUGCCAAUACAGGUCUGUUAAAUGAGAAGAGCGAUGUCUAUAGUUUUGGGGUGCUACUACUGGAAGCAGUGACUGGGAGGGAUCCAGUUGACUAUGGCCGGCCUGCUAAUGAGGUUCAUCUGGUGGAGUGGCUGAAAAUGAUGGUCGGCACUAGAAGAACCGAGGAGGUAGUGGAUCCCGACAUGGAGUUGAAACCAGCUAUUCGUGCUCUGAAGCGCGCACUUCUAGUGGCACUGAGGUGUGUGGACCCAGAUGCUAAGAAAAGGCCCACUAUGGGUCAGGUUGUUCGGAUGCUCGAGGCAGAAGAUGUCCCGUCACGGGAGGACCGCCGGAGUCGGAGGGGCCACAGCAACAAUGCAGAUAACGAGUCCAAAGCAAGCUCAAGCGAGUUCGAGAUAACCAGUGAUCGAAGAGAGUCAGGACCGUCAUCGAGGUUACAGCCCUAA